UUCAUUUUACAAAUAUGGGUAUCGGCUAAGUCAGCGAAGCAAUUGUAUCUCUCCCGCGCGAGAUCCAAAUUUACCGACGUUCUUCUUUUGGCAUCAUUUCAGUUCCUUCGAUUGAAGCAAACAAAGUUUUUUUCUCUCUUCAUUUCUACAAAUAAAUUCAAAUUCCUCAACAGAUCUCCUACAAAAAGCAAACAAUGGCAGGCCGGUUCGGAUCGCAAUCCUCUACGGUGGCCACCAUGAUUGUCACCGGCACACCAUCCACAGAUCUCGCCUUGACAAAUCUUGCCUACUGCUCGGCCUCCGAUCUUCACAACUUCGCCGUUCCUGGCUCCAAACUCUUCCUCGCGAACAUUAGCGACACAUUUGUUCUUUCUAUCUCUCCUCAUGAAAGCAUACGCAAUGGAUAUAUUGCCUUAAAUGCUAUCCAUCGUCGGCUUGCAAAAGUUUCUAAUGGCGACACUGUAUCAGUGAGCAGAUUUAUUCCUCCUGAAAAUUUUAACCUUGCAUUGCUUAGGCUCGAGCUGGAAUUUGUGAAGAAGGGCACUAAAAAUGAACAGGUUGAUGCUGUUCUUCUGGCUAAUCAGCUUAGAAAGAGGUUUACGAAUCAGGUUAUGAUAAGCGGGCAAAAAGUUACAUUUGAGUAUCAUGGUAAUAACUAUAUUUUCACAAUCAAUCAAGCUCAGCUAGAGGGGCAAGGAACAUCUAAUGCUCCUGAAAGAGGGAUGAUUUCCAGUGAUACCUACAUUAUCUUUGAAGCACAAAAUUCAAGUGGAAUAAAGAUUGUUAAUCAACGUGAAGCUGCCAGUAGUAAUAUCUUUAGGCAAAAAGAGUUUAAUCUACAGUCACUGGGUAUUGGUGGCUUAAGUGCAGAGUUUGCCGAUAUAUUUCGAAGAGCUUUUGCCUCUCGUGUUUUUCCUCCUCAUGUGACUAACAAGUUGGGGAUUAAGCAUGUAAAAGGCAUGCUACUUUAUGGACCUCCUGGUACUGGCAAAACUCUCAUGGCUCGUCAAAUUGGAAAGAUGUUGAAUGGAAAGGAACCAAAGAUUGUUAAUGGCCCUGAAGUCCUGAGCAAAUUUGUUGGUGAAACUGAGAAGAAUGUUAGGGACCUCUUUGCCGAUGCUGAGAAUGAUCAAAGGACUCGUGGUGAUGACAGUGAUUUGCACGUCAUAAUUUUUGAUGAAAUUGAUGCUAUUUGUAAGUCAAGAGGCUCAACUAGAGAUGGUACUGGAGUUCACGACAGCAUUGUGAACCAGCUGCUUACCAAGAUAGAUGGUGUGGAGUCUCUAAAUAAUGUUUUGCUUAUUGGAAUGACCAACAGAAAGGAUUUGCUUGAUGAAGCCCUUUUGAGGCCAGGACGUUUGGAGGUUCAAGUUGAGAUAAGUCUUCCAGAUGAAAAUGGUCGUUUGCAGAUUCUUCAGAUCCACACAAACAAGAUGAAAGAGAAUUCUUUUCUUGCUCCUGAUGUUAACCUUCAAGAGCUUGCUGCUCGUACAAAGAAUUACAGUGGAGCAGAGCUUGAAGGUGUUGUGAAAAGUGCAGUAUCUUUUGCUUUGAAUAGACAAGUAAGUAUGGAUGAUCUCACCAUGCCAGUGGAUGAAGAAAACAUUAAAGUUACAAUGGAUGAUUUUCUCAAUGCGCUCCUAGAAAUCGUUCCUGCAUUUGGAGCCUCAACUGAUGACCUUGAGCGAUGCAGGCUUAAUGGCAUGGUGGAUUGUGGUGACCGGCAUAAGCACAUUUAUCAGAGAGCUAUGCUACUGGUAGAGCAAGUUAAAGUAAGCAAAGGAAGUCCUCUUGUUACUUGUCUUUUAGAAGGGUCAAGUGGAAGUGGCAAAACUGCAUUAGCAGCUACUGUCGGCAUUGACAGUGAUUUCCCAUACGUCAAGAUAGUCUCGGCUGAAUCGAUGAUUGGUCUUCACGAGAGUACAAAAUGUGCACAGAUUGUCAAGGUAUUUGAGGAUGCAUACAAGUCACCCUUGAGCAUCAUAAUCCUUGAUGACAUAGAAAGACUACUGGAGUAUGUUGCUAUUGGGCCCCGUUUUUCAAAUUUAAUUUCUCAGACAUUGUUGGUUCUUCUCAAACGUCUUCCUCCUAAGGGGAAAAAACUUCUGGUGAUAGGGACAACUAGCGAGGUGGGCUUCUUGGAUUCAGUUGGCAUUUGCGAUGCUUUCUCUGUCACCUACCAUCUUCCUACAUUGAAGACAGAUGAUGCAAAGAAGGUGUUGGAACAACUGAAUGUAUUUGCUGAAGAAGAUGUCAGUGCAGCUGCAGAAGCCCUGAAUGAUAUGCCUAUCAAGAAGCUUUAUAUGUUGGUUGAGAUGGCUGCUCAAGGAGAGCAAGGUGGAGCUGCAGAAGCAAUCUACUCUGGCAGAGAAAAGAUUAAGAUUUCUCACUUUUAUGAUUGCCUUCAGGAUGUUGUCCGGUUCUAGUUUACAGGCAUUAUGUUCGUUCCCGCAAUCUGGUAGAUUUCCUUUUCCUAGUUGUUUUCUCCUUCCUCUUUGCUUCCUUUUUCGUGUUCAUUGAACAAGUUUUAUACAUGACUGAAGGUUAUGGAGAGAUUUUAUGUUGGAAGGUAUGUUCGGCUUACAAUUGGCAAUCCUGUUCUUGUAUUUUUUUUUUUACUUUAUGUAACUCAGUAAGGUAUUGAGGUAUCCAAAGAAGGGACUAGGAACUGACUUGAAAAGCUUUUUCAAUAUAUAAAUUGCUCUAGAAUUUAUAGGUAACUAUAUGAAAAUAUAUCUUUAUAUAUGUAGAAAUAAAGGGUGUGCUGAGCUAGCUUAGAAAUUUACGGUUUACUGAUAAAUUUGUUCAUCAAGGAUUCGCUCGCUUCUAGUGCAAGGUAAAUGCCCUGAAACUUGAUUAUAUGCUUUCCUUUGGGUGGUUUCUGGAAUAAUUUCCGUGUAAAAAAUGCUCACUACUUAUCGAAGACUAGCCAAAUGCGAAUGAUGGGUUGCUUGUAUGGUCUGCCAUUUAGAAACUUGUUCAAACCUAUAUGUAAAACUACUACUACCCAGAGGCAAAUAGUAUUCAAUCAGACUCAGAACUCAACUGUAGCCUAUAGGAAGCUACAAAUUAGCAGUAAUAUCUUAGUAACAAAAUAGAGGCAAGCAUAGGUAUUUAUUAAUUCAAUAGUUAAUUUCU